AUGAACGAGGCUGAGCCACUAGACAAAACUUCCCUGAAUGAAGACAAGAUUCAGGAUUCCCUGUUUUCCAAUGAGAACCCAACAACACUUACUGGAUCUGAGGAAAUCCUGUUGAAAGAAACUGAGGAUGCGGAGAUCGACCUCAAUCUGAUCGCAAGAUUUAAACAUGCCUGUGUCAUUGGUGACCUGAAAACCGUGCAAGAUAUUCUGGAGAAUGGAUUACUGUCGGUGGAUGAACUUGACGACGAAAACUUGACAGGACUUCACUGGGCUGGCUUGAACAAUCGGUAUUCUGUCUGCAAAUAUCUGAUCGAGAAAGGCGCUGAUCUUUCUCUCGUGGGUGGUGAAUUGUCUGCAACUCCGUUACAUUUUGCAGCUCAAAGAGGUCAUGUGUACAUUGCAGACCUCAUGCUUUCACAUGGUGCUAACGUAACCGCUAAAGACUCUCAAGGUGCCGAUAUCCUACAGGCCGCAGUUCUUUCGGGUAAUGUUCUUCUGGUUAUAUACUUGCUGAACACUCAAGAUCAAUGUAACAUCAAUACUCACGAUAAGAAUUUGCUAACUCCUUUGCAUUGGGCAAGUUAUAGAGGUGAUGCUUUGACGGUGGACAUCUUGUUGAAACACGGAGCUGAUGUGACAAUGGUUGAUAAUAAAGGAUUCACGCCUUUAUACUGGGCUUUGACUAGGCCAGAUAUUAGAAUCAUAAAGAUUCUGGUAGCAUAUGGCUCGAGUCUUCAUGUUGAGACCUUGGAAGGACAGAAAAAUGCCUUCAAGAUUGCCCAAGAAAUGGAAACUGAAAGCUUACUGCUAGCUGCCUUAAAGCUUAACGACCAGAACCCAGAUGGGUCUCCAACAAAACACUAUCUUACGGAAAAACAAGCCAAGAGCAUAACAUUUUUUACGCCGUAUCUAGUCCUAUUUGCCGCUUUACACCUGGUUAAGUUCCAGUCCAGUCUUUGGUUGCUCAAUCUGGCUAUAUUGGUUGUUGUUGCGUUUGCUGCAGUCAAACUUCUUAACGUAUUUGCGUUUCCAGUCUAUCUACGAGUCCAUGGCCCUCUUUUGAAGUCACCUUAUCUUGCAGGAACAUUUUCAGCCACCGCUUUUUGGGCUAUCUUUACUUGGCUAGUUCGCAUUCUACCGUUUACUCUCUUUGAGAGUUUUGUUAUCAACGUCAUAUUUGCAGCAAUGUCCGGCUUAAUGAUUUUGACAUUCUAUAAGACCUUGAUGUUAAAUCCUGGAUACGUCCCAUUGCCCUUGGAAAAGUCGGAAAUCAAGAAAACGAUCGAAGAUCUUCUAGAGCUACACAAAUAUGACACUCGCCAUUUUUGCAUCAAGAGUUUCAUUCGUAAGCCAAAAAGGAGUUGCUACUCAGAGUUUCAAAAACGAACUGUGGCCAGAUAUGAUCAUUUCUGUCCUUGGGUAUUUAACGAUAUUGGGGUCAGAAACCAUAAGCCUUUUAUUGCCUUUUCAGUCUCUCUUCAAGUGGCCAUUCUAUGUUUCAUAAUCUUGACCAUAGAGUACUUCGAUGAAAUGAAGCUUACGAACGAGAAAGAAAUCAAACAUAGCUGCUCGUUUCUUGGAGAAGAUCUUUGUAAAGGUUAUCGUGGAGCUCCUUUUACUUUUAACGUAUUGGUUUGGGUGACCUUUCAAUUUAUUUGGUUGUCUAUGGUUAACAUUGUUCAGUUCAUCCAAAUUUUCAAGGGAUUAACUACUGAAGAGGCAAAAAACUUCAGUAACCCAGACAGAAUGAACAAGCCAUGGGAGAACUUUGGUUCAGUCCCUCCCGAAUUUUGGAAUGACGGUAGCACUUUGGACCCCUUAGAAGUGGAAGGACCGGACUUUGAAAAUAGUCAUGAAGCUUGUCAAUCUCCCAUGGAAAGAAUUAAAGGAGGGUUCAACAAAUGCUUUAAAUUGGUUGGUAUAGACCAAUUACUAGGAAUGGCCAGAGAGGUGGUAAAGAAUACUCACCGUCAAAGGUACACUGACUUUGGAUGGAAACAGAACAUGAUUGACUUUUGGUUUUUGCGAGAUGAGGAUGAAGGAUUGUCAAUGGAAACCCUAUUUCGAAUUCCAAUCAAAGGUGAGGGAAAUCUGAAUGGUAAACUGGUUGAUUAUUAUACCCUAUGGGAGCUUCCAGGAGAAAACAGUGAACCCGUGUAG